AUGACGGCUGAUGCACGCGCACGUCGCUUUCUUCUCUUUGCAGGGGUCGACGUCCUCAAGGAGGCGGGCUCGCGGGGCAGAGCGGCCGACUCCCAGCCGAGGAGAGCGAACGGCCACCACACAACGGGUCGUUCCACGGCUGCUUCCAGCUCGACGGAGGCUGCGAGGGCCGCGCAGGUUGGCAGACGGCUGCCGGACGCGGCGCAUCCGGCGUCGACGCGCGCCCUUCCGGCGGGGGAGGGCCGCCCUCCGUCCUCAUUUGACUCACAAAUGGCGCGGCCCGGCGCCGGGGCGUCGCGACGCCACGCGUGCCCCCCACCCCCCCUCCUCCUCCCUCGCCACUCACUCCUGCCCACGGCGUGCGACGCGCGCUUCCGGCCGCGGCACAGCGGCGUCAACCAGCUGGGCGGCGUGUUCGUGGGCGGCCGGCCGCUGCCGGACUCGACGCGCCAGAAGAUCGUCGAGCUGGCCCACUCGGGGGCGCGGCCCUGCGACAUCUCGCGCAUCCUGCAGGUCUCCAACGGCUGCGUCUCCAAGAUCCUCGGCAGGUACUACGAGACGGGGUCGAUCCGGCCGCGCGCCAUCGGCGGCUCGAAGCCGCGCGUCGCCACGGCCGAGGUGGUGAGCAAGAUCUCGCAGUACAAGCGCGAGUGCCCGUCCAUCUUCGCCUGGGAGAUCCGCGACCGGCUGCUGCAGGAGGGCGUCUGCUCCAACGACAACAUCCCCAGCGUUUCGUCCAUAAACCGCGUGCUGCGCAACCUGGCCUCGCAGAAGGAGCAGCAGCAGCAGCAACAGCAGCAGCAGCCGCCGCCGCCCCCGCAGGACGCCGUCUACGACAAGCUGCGGGUCCUCAACGGCCAGCCAGCCUGGCCGCGGCCGUCGCCCUCCCCCUGGUACCCAGCCGGGGGGUCGCCGUUCGCGCCCCUGCAGCCCAGCCCGGGGUGCGCCGUGCUGGCCGACCCGGACCUCGACCUCCACACCAAGAAGGGUAGGUCCGCCAACUGCGCCGCUGCACAAGCCCUUCACUAA